CUUAACAGCAAAUUUGCACUUCGGUAACAAUAUCAACAUGCUCACUCAUCAUGCUAUCUAGAUCCUUGGAUCAUCCUCGCCAUCCAAGAUGCAGGUCCCACAACCGACAAGCAUUCUCCUUAUAACGCGUGGGAGUGUGACUGUUUGUUUUCUCCUUAUUGAACUCCUGUAUCAUUCGAGCGUACUUCUCAUUGUUAGAAGAUGGGACACACUCGAAUACACGGUGCUCAGAAUCUUUAGCAUGAUACUUUCACUGUUACAACAUGGCAUAAUCAGGAAUGUUGUUUGGGCAUGGUGGUUGUUCGAACUAUUCUGUGACUGAGCCUCGGUUAUUGCAUCUAUAGUUACUCGGCAGAGACGAAGACAAAC